AUGCCAUGCACAGCACUCGUACUACCUCGGGUAGGCAACAUAACUCCUACGUUGAGAAUCGGAGCCAGUGAGCUGCAACAUUUUAGCGACCUGGAUUUAGCGGAUCCAAAGCUCACCAUUCCUCAAUCCAUCGACAUGACUGUUAAUGCUGAAAUUUACGCCGAAGUAUUGUUAAGUGGAAUACGUCGUAGCCGCACAAAUAACUUUAUUGCUCAAAAUACGCAGUUGGGUUGGGUUGUGUUCGGAGGUUACCACGAACAUGCACUAGUCACACCUAAGCAUACGGUUGAGUGUCACAAUGCUCAAAUUGAUAUUGAUCGAACUCUCCGCCGCUUCUGGGAGAUAGAAGAGCUGAACACAGUGGCUUGCUAUACUGAAGACGAGCGCUACGUCGAAGAGUAUUUUCAAAACACCACAUACCGAAGGAAGGACGGGCGUUACAUUGUUCGUCUGCCUGUUAAACGUGACGAAGACUUGAAGCAACUCAUCCCUACGCAACGUGACGCGGUAGUUUUUCACGAACACUUGCAAUGCAGGCUAUUUCGAAAUGCAACAAUGCGAACCAUGUAUACAGAUUUUCUACAUGAUUAUUUAUCGCAACAACAUAUGCAACUCAUCAAUAAUGACACCAGUUGCACUUCACCGGUAUGUUAUCUGCCGCAUGAUGGAGGAUGA